ACCAUGACCAGAUUGUAGCUGUUAAGCUCCUCAAAGAUCAACAGUUUAAGGACAUGGAGCACGAGUUGUUGGUGGCGCUAGACAUGCUGAAAGGGCUUGGUAUCCUACACACUGAUUAUUUCAGGAAGGAGAGCAUGGACUAACGCAACAGGAGCUCAGAGUAGCCCACAGAAACCAAGCAACCGUGACAUAGAAUGAAAAUUGAGCAACAGUGAUGAUCUAUGCAAUACUGAGCACACUGCCAUGGCUGGUUACCUUCACUUUCUCAGAGACUUUGAGACUAGAGGUCAGUCGGAGUAUUACAGCAGACUGUGGCAAACCUGUGACCAUACACUGCGCUGUGCUUUCUUCACGAAAUGGGCUGUCCAUAAAACACAUGGAGUGGUUCAAACCGCAAACAUAUUGUUCUGUGAACAGUAAGGGCAAUUUAUCACAACAAAACUCAUCAGGGAAUUUCCGUUGUGACUAUGAAAAGGGGAACUUGUCUCUUCACUUUCCUAAAUGGCGGCCAGAACAAAGUGAAAACUUUUUGUGCAAAGUUCGCACCAACCAAGGGGUCGAGACUAAGGACACACGAGUGGAGACGAGAGAACAUUGGGAGGGAGUCGAAGCCGUGUGGAGUUCAGACUUUCCCACCUGCACAUUCAAACAGGUGUGCCCUACAGGACACGUGGAGUGGUUUCAAGACUCCACAAAGAUCGCAGACCAGUUCAUCGUAAACAAUUAUACAGACGAUGAUGGGAUGGUCAAAAUCUACAGUUACCUGAAGACUCACGAGCAAAACAAACUGUACAAUUGUUCACUGAAGAGCGCGAGGUCUGGCCAGUACUUGACCAGUGCUUUAAUCCACUCUCCGUCAUACCUGAGGGCCAGAGCUGCACCGCAUGGGCCAUGGUGGACUUUUGUGGGGCUCUCAGUUAUAUUUAUUAUUGAGAAACUCUGAACCACUGAAUGUAUUUUGUAUUGUCCAUUUUGUAUUCUUUUUUAUUAUUUUUUUCUUCUUGGUACUUUUUUUUCUACAAAAGGUACAUGUGUAUGAUUUUACUGUAAUGCCACAGAACAAACAUUCAGCAAAACGUUUUUGAUUGAAUGGCGCCCUCUGGAGUACUUUUUGAGCCUACACAGCAUGUAUCAGAGUCUUUUUUUUAUUAUUUUAGCCACAAAAAAAAUAACAAUUGAUCUCAAAUCAGAUUUUCUUUUCUGUACAGUUUGUUUACAGUGAAUUAUCUCAGUAUGAUUUAUUUGAAAGACUAGAUUUUUAUUUUUAUUUUUUUACUUUAAUAGCAUUGUGAUUAUAAUGGUGAGUAAAAAUAUGCAUUUACACAAUUAAUGUCUCCAUAAAUUAAAGGGUAAAAUGUUUUCAAGGUUUAUUUUUUGUGUUUAUUCAAAAGUAUGUGAAUGCUGUUUUUAUUUCUGGACCCUGGACCUGUCGCUUAAAUAAAGACUGAUAGAGACUUG